CGGACAAACAUGGAUUUAAUGGAAAUGUUUUUAAUUUCUCUUGGUGCCGCAGUUGUUGUCUACUAUGGAGUGAAACUGCUUCUUUUCAGUAGGAUGUUUUUUCCAAAACUGUGGUUUCCAAUGUCAAACUCCUUUUUCACCUCUAUGGGAGAGUGGGCAGUGGUGACUGGCGCUUCAGAAGGCAUAGGAAGAGCAUAUGCAUUUAUGCUGGCUGAACAUGGAAUGAAUGUGGUCAUCAUGAGUAGAACCAAAGAAAACUUGGACCAGGUGGCAAAGGAAAUAGGUGAUACCACGGGGCAGAGGGUGAAAGUGAUAGUAACAGACUUCAUACAGGAAAACGUCUUCAGUGAAAUUGAGGAUCAGCUGAAGGACCUCAACAUUGGGGUUUUAGUCAAUAACGUAGGCAUACUGCCCAGUUUCAUCCCCUGCAAAUUCCUUGAGUCUGCAGAGCUGGACCAGACAAUUACAAAGGUGAUAAACUGCAAUGUGAAAACUAUGGCCAAGAUGUGCAAAAUAAUUCUUCCGGGCAUGGAGAACAGGGGAAGAGGGGUGAUUGUGAAUAUUUCAUCCGGAAUUGCUUCUAUUCCAUUCCCCCUGUACACCCUGUAUGCUGCAUCUAAGGUGUUUGUGGAAAGAUUUUCUCAAGGUCUCCAAGCGGAAUACAAAGAUAAAGGGGUUAUUAUACAGGCAGUGGCUCCAUUUGGGGUCUCCACUCGAAUGGCAGCUUUCCAAAAAACCAACAUGGUGAUGCUGUCCCCAGAAAUCUUUGUGAAAUACUCGAUGCAGUACCUUAAAGCUGGAGACAAAACAAAUGGCAGUGUCUGUCACAUAGUUCUGGGCUGGUUACUGCAAACUAUUCCUCUCAAGGUUCUCUAUGCAGAGUCUGUGCUGCGCAUGAUGCAAGACUAUGUCAAGAAGAAAACUGCACAGAAGAAGUGGAAUAAAUAACCAGGACCAGCAAUAUAAUUCUAAUUAUGGAACUGCCGUUGACAAAUCUAACCAUUAUCAUUAGUUUCUGUGCAGUAGUACGCUCUGAUUGUAUUGUGUUACAUUGUGGGUAAGACACCCUCAGGAAA